AUGCCCUACACAGGUUAUGGAAGAAGCAAGAAAACAAAACACGUGCUUCCCAGUAGCUUCUGCAGUUUCAUGGUCCACAAUGUCAAAGAGCUAGAAGUGCUGCUGAGGCGAAAAUUAAAAGCCAAGGCACCACUUCCUCCAGCUGAAACCAAAUCUGUUGAUGUCUCUUCAACUGAUGAUUCUGUAGAAUCUUCUGCUUUCAACAUGGAACAGAAAGAAAACAUGAUAGAUAAAGACAUUGAACUCUCAGUGGUUUUACCAGGAGAUAUUAUCAAAUCUACUACUGUUCAUGGCAGUAAACCUAUGAUGGACUUGCUGAUAUUCCUCUGUGCACAAUAUCACUUAAAUCCAUCAAGUUAUACAAUUGAUCUGCUGUCAGCUGAAAAGAAUCUUAUUAAAUUUAAGCCAAACACACCAAUAGGAAUGUUGGAAGUAGAAAAGGUCAUUUUAAAGCCAAAAGUUUUGGAUAAGAAAAAACCUACACCUAUAAUACCAGAGAAAACUGUGAGAGUAGUGAUCAAUUUUAAGAAAACACAGAAGGCAAUAGUGAGAGUUAGCCCACAUGCGUCACUUCAAGAACUUGCUCCUAUUAUAUGCAGCAAAUGUGAGUUUGAUCCAUUACAUACACUGUUGAUGAAGGACUAUCAAUCUCAAGAGCCUCUCGACUUGACAAAGUCUCUUAAUGACCUGGGUCUAAGAGAAUUAUAUGCCUUGGAUGUCAGCAGAGACACUUCUGUUACUGCCUUCAAUAAAUCAUCUUUACAAGAGCCCUGCCAAAUAUCACAGAACCUGGACAUGGUGAAAGAGAGAGAAAAUAAAGGCUUUUUCAGCUUCUUUCAACGUAGUAAAAAAAAACGGGAGCAAACUGCGAGUGCCCCUGCAACCCCACUAAUCAGUAAGCCUCGCCCCACUUUUACGAGGUCCAAUACCAUUUCCAAACAGUAUAUUUCUAACACCCUGCCAUCAGAUGCACCCAAGAAGAGGCGGGCACCAUUGCCUCCAAUGGCAACAUCUCAGAGUACCCCCCAGGACCUUGCCCACACUCAGGAGAGGCCAGCUUCUUUUGUUGUGAAAUCCAUGAGUGUGGAUGAAUCAGACAAGAGUUCCUGCGGAACGGGCAUAGUGAGGACAGGCUCACUCAGUAGCACAUCCUUAGGGAGUUCAUCUUUGAGAAGGACAAAGCGAAAAGCACCAUCCCCACCCUCCAAAAUGCCCGUGAAUCUAAGUGAUGAACAUAAUCAAACCACAGCCCUGCAUUCUGUAGAAACAACUCCUCGAAGCAGUGUUUCAGAAGCAAACUCUCCCGGAGGACUGUCCAGCCCAGCCUCCUUUGACCCUGGGCUCCCCCAUCAUGAACAGUUUGCCGCGCCCACAGACUCUGAGGAAGCCUUGGUUUCUGAGCACCCUGGAACCUCUGAGGCAGCUGUGGCAUCACUGGCAUCUGGAAUAAGCUCUGAUUACAGUCUUGACGAAAUAGAUGAAAAGGAAGAACUGAAUGAAGUGCCUAAAAAUGAAGCUGAAAAAUUGUCUCUAAAAUCACAAGAUACUCCUUUAAUAUCUACUAAUAUAAUAAAUACUAUGAAAAAUGAUCCCGAUUCAGCCUUUGGCAAUGGUACUGUGAAGUCCUCAGAAAACUCCAAGGAAGAAAAACAAGACGCUCGAAACACAGAUGGACAAGGACCACACUCUAUAGUAUGUAACACAAGCAAUGAAGUGACAGCCACUGGCAGUGUACAACAACACUUGAAGUCAUUGGGCACAAAUGAAGAGAAUGGUGAGUUAUAUCAAAAUGAAGUAAUUGCCUUUCCAUCAAAAGCAGAAGACAAUAAGAAAAAUGGGGUGAAGAAGACAGAAAUGAAUGUAGCAUAUGUUGCCAAAAAUAGUGAUGUAGACAUAAAAGUUGACAGACUAUCAAACUAUCAGGCAUGUAAAACGGAUACUACUGUAAAUUACAAGGAAAAUCAUUUAGCAGCUUCAUUGCUGCCAGAUCAAAAGCUGAAUCAACUCACUGUAGAACAGAUAAAAAUGCAAGAUGCAGCAAUUCAGACAACCCCUUCCUGUAACAGUCUUGAUGGGAAUCAACAAAAUCAUCAUUUGUCUGACUUCAGAGUUGAUGAAAGCGUGCAAACUUCAAAUAACAGUAAAUCAAUUCAGGACUCAUCCUUACAGCCUCCAAAUUCUGUAGACACCUCAAGAGAAUUCCGGAGUCACGGUACACUAAUUGUACAGGAAGACCAACUCACCAUAAAGGAUCCAAAUUGUGUAUCUGGUAAUGAUAAUCUCUUGACUCCUGCAGAUGGGCUUGAUAAAAACACAAAUGCUUCUGAUCUGAAGAAUUAUCCAUUUUACAGACAAGAGUGCAAACCCAAGCCAAAACCUUCUGAUGAAAUUACAAGGUGUUAUAUACCCAAAAUUGGAAUGACUACUUACAAAAUAGUGCCUCCCAAAUCCCUGGAAAUAUUAAAAGACUGGGAAUCAGAAAACAUAGGUUAUAAAAAUGAUCAGGAGAUGCAUCUUCCGGGGAAAAAGCACACAUACGAGAAUGUGAAAGAAACUGCCCUCCAAACAGAAGACCUUGUUAUUUCUGAGGACCCAAAGGAAACACAGUCAGACCGUGCACCAAAACCUAACAUGGGAAUAGCGCAUCAGGUGCUCAGGGCUGGGAGGCCCGCUGAUGGAUCUGAUCAUCUGAAACCUCUUCCCAAAAUGACUAGAGACACGGCCACAGCUCCAUAUGCUCCAAAUUUGGAAGAGAUAAACAGUGUUCUGGAGUCACAACUUAAAGCGAGGAUUUCAAACCCCCAGGGCAAACCAAGCUCCUUUUUCUUGCAGAUGCAGAAAAGAAUGGCGGGUCAGUAUGUGACAUCUGCAGCUGCUAAGAGUGUCCAUGCUGGCCCUAAUCCUGCUCCAAAGGAAUCUAUAAAUAAAGAGGUGGAAAGGAGUCCGCUGCCCUCUGCAGAGCAACGUCUUUCUUUCUUAAGUAAAACAGUCAACCUUCCCCCACAGCCCCCCAUCAAAAAAUCUAGCAAUGACGUUGUCAGUCAAAAGCCUGUUGAAACCUCUGCUCCCCCAAUAGCCCCCAAACCUGUGUCACUUCCUGCUAGUCAGUUUGCAGCACAAAAUUUGAAGACUUUGAAAACUUUUGGGGCCCCACGACCAUACUCAAGUUCUGCUCCCUCACCAUUUGCCCUGGCUGUGGUAAAAAGGUCACAGUCUUUCAGUAAAACACAUCCUGUCACCAGUGAGUCAUACAGCGAGGGUACAUCUGCCCAAUCUCCAACCAACUCAGAGGAAGGGAACAUUAUUUCUGUCCACAAAUAUGAGGACAUCCCACAACUUGAUGUGACGACUGAUAAGGAAAAUAAUUCUAUGGAUAAUGAACAGAAUUCCCAAAUACCGUCUCCCAUUGACUGCUCAUCAUUCACCGUAAAGAGACAAAGUUCUUUAACAUUCCAAAGCUCUGACCCAGAACAGAUCCGACAGAGUUUGCUGACUGCAAUCCGUUCUGGAGAGGCUGCUGCCAAGUUGAAAAGGGUGACUGUUUCCUCAUAUACAAUAUCUGUGAAUGGAAGACCAAGAGACAGCCAUUCCACACCUGCUGAUACUCAGGACGACUAUUAA